UCUCUAUUUUCGCGAAAAUCGGCAUUUAAUUUUUAGGACGUACGCAUAAAAAAAUUUUCAAGCAAUGCCACUUAGAUUAGAUAUCAAGAGAAAAUUAACCUCAAGAUCUGAUAGAGUCAAAUGUAUAGAUCUACACCCCACGGAAUCUUGGAUGAUGGCGAGUUUAUAUAAUGGGCAGAUUCAUAUUUGGAAUUAUGAAUCACAACAAUUAAUUAAAACUUUUGAAGUCUGUGAUCUCCCUGUCAGGGUGGCUAAAUUUAUAUCUAGGAAAAACUGGAUUGUCUGUGGAGCUGAUGAUAUGAAUAUACGUAUAUAUAACUAUAAUACUUUGGAACGUUUGAAUAUGUUUGAAGCUCAUAGUGAUUAUGUAAGAUCAAUUGCUGUUCAUCCUUCUCAACCAUAUAUCUUGACAAGUAGUGAUGAUAUGUUGAUUAAAUUAUGGGACUGGGACAAGAAAUGGGUAUGCUCGCAAGUGUUUGAAGGGCACUCUCAUUAUGUUAUGCAAGUUGUAUUCAACCCAAAAGAUAAUAAUAUCUUUGCUAGUGCAUCAUUGGAUAGGACUUUAAAGGUAUGGCAGCUAGGUUCAAAUGUUCCUAAUUUUACAUUAGAUGGGCAUGAAAAAGGUGUGAAUUGUGUUGAUUACUAUCCAGGUGGGGAAAAACCAUAUCUUAUAUCAGGGGCUGAUGACAGAAUGGUCAAAAUUUGGGAUUAUCAGAAUAAAACAUGUGUUCAAACAUUAGAGGGACAUGCUCAAAAUAUAUCAUGUGUAGUGUUUCAUCCAGAUCUACCAAUUAUAAUGACUGGAUCAGAAGAUGGAACGGUUAAGAUCUGGCACACCAAUACUUACAGGUUAGAGAAUACGUUAAAUUACGGUAUGGAGAGAGUUUGGGCUAUAGCAUGUCAAAGAGGCUCUAAUUCUAUUGCGCUGGGAUACGAUGAUGGAAGUAUAUUACUUAAGUUGGGUAGGGAAGAACCUGCGGUUAGUAUGGAUGGCACCGGGAAAAUCAUAUGGGCCAAGCAUUCUCUCAUACAACAGGCUAAUGUUAAAGCCCUGGCAGAAAACUUGGAAGGUUCCGGCAACGAAAAGGAAGGGGAAGCUGUAAUAAAAGACGGUCAAAUUCUUCCGCUCAAUGCAAAAGACAUGGGAAGCUGCGAAAUAUUCCCUCAAUUUAUAACUCACAGCCCCAAUGGGAGGUUUGUGACGGUUUGUGGGGAUGGAGAGUACAUCAUCUACACUUCCAUGGCUCUGAGAAAUAAGAGCUUCGGUUCGGGAUUAGAAUUCGUAUGGGGUCUUCAAGAUCAAUAUGCAUUGCGGGAGAAUUCUGGGUCUGUUAAAGUUUUUAACAAAAAUUUCAAGGAACAAACUUGCAUUAAACCGGAAUAUGGAUGUGAAGGAAUAUUUGGAGGAUAUUUGUUAGGCUCUAAAACUAGCAACUCUUUAUCAUUUUAUGAUUGGCAAACAACCGAACUCGUUCGACGUAUUGAAAUACAAGCGAAAAAUGUUUAUUGGUCAGAAACGGGAAGCUUGAUUACUAUAACAACUGACGAUAAUUAUUUUAUCUUGAAGUACAAUCAAGAUAUAGUAGCUCAAUCAAAAGAAAACAAGGAAUUGGUGACAGAAGAUGGAAUUGAAGAUGCCUUUGCUGUAAUUAGCGAAAUACAAGAUAAUGUUAAGACCGGUCUAUGGAUAGGCGAUUGUUUCAUAUACACCAACGCUUUUAAUCGCUUGAAUUAUUAUGUUGGAGGGGAGGUCGUUACUAUUGCCCAUUUAAACAAUACCCUAUACAUCCUAGGCUACAUUCCUACCCAGAACAGGGUAUAUUUAUGCGACAAAGAGCUUAACGUAAUUAGCUACACCUUAUUACUUUCGGUUCUGCAAUAUCAAACAGCCGUCAUGAGGAAAGAUUUUGCCGAAGCUGAUAAACUACUUCCAUCCAUACCCAAAGAACACAGGUCCAAGGUAGCUCAUUUCUUGGAAAAACAGGGUUUCAAAAAGCAAGCAUUAGUCGUUUCCUCGGAUCCCGAGCACAAAUUUGAGUUGGCACUGCAAUUGAAUGAGCUAAAAUUAGCUUUGGAAAUUGCUCAAGAUAUACAGUCUGAACAAAAAUGGAAACAGUUAGCGGAAACUUGUAUGACUUCCGGCGAACUGGAAAUGGCAAAAUCUUGCCUUUUUAAUGCCAACGACCUAGCCGCCAUCCUUUUAUUAGCUGAAUGCCUAUCCGAUUCUAAGCUCAUGCAGGAGGUUGCUGAGAAAGCUACGAUUUCCAAACAAUAUAACAUCGCCUUUUUGGCUAUGUUCAAGAUGGGGAAAGCCUCCGAGUGUUUAGAUAUACUCAUUAAAUCAAAUCGCCUUCCUGAAGCUGCGUUUUUUGCCCGAUCAUACAUUCCAUCACAGUUGAAUAGGGUCGUAAAAUUAUGGAAAGAAAACUUGUCAAAUUCGACAAGCUAUCAAAAACUUUCAAAAGCUCUCGCAAAUCCCGGUGAAUAUGAUAAUUUGUUCCCGGGAUAUAAAGAAUCAUUGCUAGCCGAAAAAGAUCUUGAUAAGAAUAUCGUUCCCGAAAAUUAUCCGCAAAUUCCUGAUUUGACUGAGGAUGAUGAUGAAGUACAUGAUUUGAUCAAUGAAAAGAAGUUAUUAAAGGAUUUAGAACAAAUAAAUUUGGAGCACUUUGAAAUAGAAUCCGCGAAUGGGAGUCACGAUGAAUCGGUUGACAUUAGUUAUAAACAACCUGGAAAUCAGGAUGAAUUGGAUAAAAAUCUUGGAAUAUCUUGAAUUGGAAAUAAAAAAAUUUUUGAAUUAACCAUCAGUUGAUUCAUUAUUUAUAAAUAAUAUAUAAAUAAUAAUUUAUUACAUUAAAUAAAAUUUUAGUGGACUGUAUAGUAUAAUAAAU